AUGGCGGCACUCCACAUCGUCACCUUCUCGGCGGCGUCGGCAGGCGAUCAGCGCUGGCUGGCGCGCCAUGCGCUUGCCGGCACCGUGGCCGACAUGGGUACGGCGGUCGCCGUGGCGGUCGCCCUGGGCCUGUUGCUCAGGGCGUACCGCCGCGCACGGACGGCGCAUACGCGGGAGCCCAUCCUGUGGACGAUCGGCGGCGUGCUGGUGUCGUUGCCCGCGUACCUGCUGCUGCGCCUCCCGGCUCACGCAGCCGAUCAUGCGGCGGCAAGCGGCUUCCCGGCACCCACGGGAGCGAUCGCCGAUCUGUUGCUGCUGCCUUUGCCGGCGUUCUUCCUUGUGGGUACCAGGCACAUCCCGGGCAUCGAUCAGCGCCGGGCGAUCAACCGGUUCUGGGCGGCGGCCAUCGUCCUCGCGGCGCUGUUGCUGUUCGUCGGGAUCGUGGGCGAUCACCUGCAGCGGCAGAUCGUGGACAGCUACGAGUUGGGAGAUCGAGUCGCCGCGUAUCUGGUGCUCAGCCCACUGUUCGUGGCGCUGCUGGCGCUUCAUGCCUGGCUGGUGCGCGUGUUCGAUCGUACCGGCGGCGCGGGGCCUGAGCAGGCACCCGCGCGCGGCAGCGGGGACGGAUCCCGCGGCGUGCGGGAUCUGCGGGUGUUGACCCGCGCGCUGCAUCGGUCGCUCGGCGGUUCGAUGAGCGCGGCAGCCGGCGCGUUGAAUGCUCUGGAGUCCGAGCUGGAGGCGGAGCGCGAUGGUUCCCGGCCACCGGACGCCGCUCCGGUGCGGCUGCCGCGAGGAGCCCUCGACAGCAUCCGGGGGUUUCGCCGGACGGCGCUGACCGUGCUCGCCGCGCUGCGACGGCUCGAUGACGGUACCAGGGCCGGUGGUGCGGUGGUCGGAGUGCAGGUGUCCGACCUGUUCGCGGCGGCGUACCGGCGCGCCGGGCGGCGCAGCGAAUUGCGCGUGGAGCUGACCGACGGCGGAGACCUGGUCGUGGCCUGCGAUCCCGCCGAGCUGGCGCGGGCGUUGGCCGAGCUGCUGAUCAAUGCCGAGGAGAAGCGGGCGUGCGUCCGCGAUCACGGAUUACCAUGGGUGCUCGUGAACAUGGGAACGACACCGUGA